AUUACCAGCUGAUCGCGGUGUGGUGGUGUACCUUCGCCUUUUAAAUAAAAAAAAUCGCCUAAAAUACAAAGAAUAGAAGAACCACUAAUAUAGGAAAGAAGGAGGAGAAGGACUACCUCAGCGACGUGUAUUAUGGAUGAGUUAGGAGACCGGAAUGGCUAUCUGGAACUGUCAAAUCAUCCCAUAAGAUUCGAGCCCGUGAGCAAAGUGACCAAUGUUUUCUUUGAUGAUACGAGUAAGGAGGUUUUGAGUGUCAGAGCUGGUGGCACUUUAGGCGUGGUGGUGAGGGGUGUUGGGCGCGAUCACACAUUUCGCAUGGAAGAUCGUGGGACGAUCUCGUCUCUCAAGUUUUCACCGGACCACACCGUUCUCGCAGUACAACGGAACAAGAAUUCAGUGGAGUUAUUAAGUUAUAAUGAUGGAGAAAUUGGCUCUGGAUGUGUCCAGGAAUGCAGAGCUAAAGGAGCAAACCUUCUUGGGUUCAUAUGGACAAAUAAUGAUGAUUUGGUGUUAGUUACCAACAGUGGAGUUGAGUUCUAUCAGACUAUUCCGCAGGUAGCAAAAGACCGAGUUGCUGUUCGACACAUUAGGAGUUACAACAUUCCUUGCUCAUGGUUCGUCUGGAGCACCGAGUGUUGCCUGUUGUUGCUCUGCAUUGGGGCUGCACCUACCACCUCUACGCUGCAACCUUUCACUUUCAAGCCCGGACAGUCGAACAAGUUGGCAAAGUUUGAGGUGGAGGUGAGUAGCGGAAGCAGUACACACUCGCAGGGGGUUACCCUAGGUGAACGGGAUGUCUGCGUUGGUGUCAUUUACGGCGCUGUGUCAAUCUGUGUGCUGCGUCAUCCGUCCACACCUACCAUUGCAGCGCACCUUGAUGUAUAUAGUCAGAAUAAAGAUGGAGUGUUUAGACGAAGCCACAUCUGCCGUUUAGAGCUUACAGGACGUUUUGCUGUUAACAUUGUUGAUAGUUUGAUCAUCGUUCAUCACCAGGCCUCAAAGACAUCCCUUCUGUUUGACAUUCAACUUGGUGGUGAAGUGAGUGGAGGUGUGACUUCAGUGUACCCUAUCACAGUCCCUCGUUCAGUCCAGCCAUUCUCUCUCGAGGAGCCGAGUGCCGUCCCGUCAACCACCGCCCAGCCUAUAUUAGUACCGUGCGAACUCUAUGCACCGACCUGGGUUGUCUUUCAGCCAGACAUUGUGAUAGAUGCUCGCCUGGGAUGCAUGUGGCACCUGCAGCUUCGGCUAGACUGUCUAGCAAAGGUCAUGGAAGACAAGAGCCAGUUAGUCGACUCAUUACUUAGGAGGCAGCAAGCAAAGCCGCUGGUACUAUCAGUUGUACGGGAGGCAGUGGAGACUGGGCAGUUAGGGGCAUUGGCACAGAUAUUUGACAAAAUCAACGCAGCUUAUCGACAGCACUUAAAUUCCAUCCUCCAGUCUCAGAUGGGAGAAUCCGUGAGUGCUCCGGCCUCGUCAGCUGCGGCUCCCGAGAUCAAGGGUGUGGUUAUUGAGCAGGCGGAUAUAUACAGCAGCGUCCUCGCCCCACUCAUGGAGGAGGCAGAGAAAGGGGAGACCAGAUUAAAGGAGGGAGGAGAAGGCACCAGCCCUCCUUCCGUGUCCUCCAAACUGGUCGUCGGUGUGGUUAUAGAGUACAUCCGGUCACUGGGCGCCGUGGGAGUCACUGUGCAGCAUUUCCUUUACGAGCUGGUUAUAAAUGCGCUCGUCAGAUCCAGGCAGUUUUACCAGCUCCAUCAACUCCUUCAGUAUCAUGUUUUGGCCGAUUCAAAGCCCCUGGCCUGUUUACUUUUGUCUCUUGUGAGUGUUUACUCCGCCGGCAAACAACUCAGCCUUGACAUGCUCUGCCGCUUAAACACAGCUCACGACGAGAUUAUAGAAGUCCUACUUUCUCAGCACCAGGUUAUUCCAGCUCUGAGAUAUGCCCGAAGUGUUGGCCUGGCGGAAACUGUCUCUGCUCGGAAAUUCCUCGAAGCUGCCAUGAUCUGCGGUGACUCAGAUGUUUUCUACUCCACUUUCACUUUCUUUGGGCUCCGGAAUGCAAAGCUACGUGGAAGUUCAGCUUUUGCCAAAGGGGAACACUGUGAUAUGUAUGUAGAACACUUCAAGAAACUGUUUGGUGAAAUUCCAGAUUAUACAAUACAACAGACUUAGUGAUACUAUGAAGCUAGUCUAAUGCAUUUUCAAAC